GAUGCGCACGGUUCCGACGGCGAGCGGCGGCGGCGGCGGAGGCGGAGGUCGUGAAUUCUAAUCAGGACAAGGAGCCACCAUGAACGAGCGUGUUUGUACGCGUCCUACGUCCUCCUGAAGAAGCCUUCUGAGGCGGUGUCGUGUCGCCCGGCGAAGGUGCUCGUUCCCGCCUCGAGGACCGUGAACGCCUCCCGAGGUAUCGGUCAUGCUCUCCGGAUUGGGUAGUCAGCUCCUUCGGUGUCCUGAGGCCACGUCUGGAUGAGGAGACACACAGUCAUCCACUGCUGAUCUGCUGACUAAACGCCUCACGCUAACACAUGGCUGAUACAACAAGGCUGAGAACGUGGCAGGGAGCGUGAAUCGUGUUGUCCUAAGAAUUACAUCUCAUGGAGGUCAAAGGCCAUCUGAUCACAUCCAUGGGUUUGGUAGGAGCUCCAGAUGUCCAAGGGUGCCAGGACAGCAAGCUGCAGGCUGAGCGGGCGACAGCUCUGCAAGAGAGGAAGCAGGCCCUGGAGGCUCUGCUUAACACACGCGUGGAAGAGCUCAAACUCGUCUGUUUGCAGGAAGCAGAGCUGACUGGGAAGUUGCCACGAGCGUUCCCUCUGGAGACGGGGGAGAAACCCCCAGCAGUGCAGCGCAAAGCUGGCCUACCGCCCAACUGCAAGGCAGAAGUAAGUCAACACCUUGAAUAUUUUUUUGUGCACUGUGGUCUAACACAAGUGCUUGUGGCUUGGAUGCAGGAUGAAGCUGCACAAAGAAGGCAGGUGAAAACAAUCUUUAGCGGCACUCUGUACAGACACACUGAGUCAGACCGAAACAUCCCAAAUAGCAAGAGGACAGUUCAUCGGGGCUGUCACACAGAGGACAGUGUCAUGUCGGAGAGCACAAGCUCAAUGUCCGAUUCCACAUCUCAUGACAAUGAAUCUUCCCCCGGUGUGGCCGCGGACCAGCGUUCUCUGUCCCAUCCUCGGCUCACUGUGGGUAGUCCUGACCACAGGAUCAGCAGGAAACUCUCUCCUGUUGAGAUUUACUACGAAAUGAGGACACGCCGCAACUCUGUCACAAGCUCUGUCAGCCCAACUCACUCCUUACCUAGAAGUGCAUCUAACGUUGAAGGCCGAAGUGUUCCAGCUACGCCUCUCUUGGCCCGAACUGCACCUAUUAGUGUUCAUGUCAGGUCGGACGUGUCUGGCGGCAAUGGCUUAAAGCAGUGGUCUGGCAGUCUUGACGUGCCAUACAUGAUACCGCUGGCCCAAGAGGCCUCCUCCUCCGACCGCAGAGGCUGCCCGUACAACUCCAGAGCCAGGCGCAGUAACAGCUCGGAGGCCCUGCUAGAUCGGUCCAGUCUCCCUGACGAUCCGGCCCCCAGAAACGGGAUGCACCCAAAGGGAGGUCCCUACAAAAGCUCAGAGACACUCACAGACGGAAAACUACGACACAUUCACCUGGGCAGCCCUGAGAAACACGCAGAGGGAUCUGUGGAACAGGCCAAAAUGCGUCUGUCCAUGGGGGGCCGAGGGUCUGGGGCGGGCUACAACGAGCUGUUGAUGGACUAUAUCUGGGGGAAGCAGCAGAGGAUGCAAGUGCAGCAUCACCUCUUCCAGUCCACGGGCAGGAUCUGGCAGGAUUUGCCCUCUCACUGCUCCUCUACUGGAGGAGUGGCUCCCCAUGCUAACGGUUUCUCCCAUUCCCAGGUGCACCUCCCAAGCGCUGCACCUCCUUACAGCCCCAUGGUGGGGCGAGGGUCCCAAGAUAUGCGCAGGGUCAAAGUCACCAGAACCAAAUCCUGUGGGCCCUUUAUUCCUUUGCAGCAACACCCCCAGGAAGCCAUUCUGCUGUCCGCCUACGAGUCACACCUUCCUGCCGCUGGCACGACGACGUCCUCCAUUCCCAACCUGCUUCCCUACCAGACUGAACUCUCCGGCCCCGCCUUCAGUCGAAGACCCCCACAGUUCUCCCUUCCGACCCCAGAGGACUCGACGCGAAGUCUCCACAAAGCCCUGGCUCUGGAGGGACUGAGGGACUGGUACCUGAGGAACGCGCUCGGAUAUCCCUCUAAGAGCCACGAAGCGGGGAUUUCACGUCUGUCACACCCCCACCCUCUGGCGGCCCAGGCCCAGAAUGUCCAGGGUGAAGCCGCCAACCUCCCCAGGCCUCAGAUGCCCCAGUCCGCCAGCUUCCAUGGGCACCCGCUGCAUGGCAGAUCGAUGGAGCUUUCCCUCUAUCAGGAGACUCCUAACACUCAGACACAAGACGGGACCCCGAAGGAACCCAUCCCAGAUCCAGGCACCCUUGUCUGACGCAGCCGUACACACACACACACACACACACACACACACACACACUGCAAGUAGCACCAUGCAUUCACCCGAAUAAAAACCAGUGGAUACAACGAGACCUCAACAGUGAAACAAAACAUGGCAACCUCAGCAGAAAAAGACUGAUGACAAAGUGUAGCUGUACAGUGUCAAAAAAAAAAAAAAAAAGCCUCAUUAAGUCCGAUAUCUUUGAACAUUUACUAACAGUACGGUCAAUCUAUAUUUUUGGUCCAACAUGAGCAGUCAGACUAUACAGAAACAUCUCCCGAGAUAUACUUUUUUACUCAUUUAAAUCACUAUUUUGUAUCUUCUGAGAUAUACACACAGUUAUAUUGACGCUCAUUAACCAUGUGCGGUGAACAAGUAUUAAUACUUGCCAGUGUGUUUGUGGACUACUUCAAAAAGACCUCAUCUGCGAUUGAUUUUAACUUUUUUUUUUUUUACAGCUAUUCAUGUUUGUUAAUAUGCAGCUGUGGAAUUGAUGAACGGUAGCUUGUUGGAGUAGCAGACGGGAGUGCCUCAAUGUUUUUAAUAGAGCAGGAGUAAACGUUGGUUAGAUGACUUUAAAGUAGUGCUGUCAAAUUAUUAUUUUAGGCCUGGGCUGAACAACAAUUUUCAAAUUUUUUUCAGAAAAAUUUGACUUUUUUUUUCCCUUACUUUUGAAAGAAAUCAAUGAAUACAAGUGAUAUAAAUAUUUCAAAACAGGUUUUUCUAUUAUUUGAUCAAAAAGUAGUAGUUUAAAAUGACACUGCACCUUACUCUUGGCAAAAUUUUCAUUUUAACAAUCUUGUUCUUUUUACACCAGAUAUAAAUUGAAAAGAAAAUAAUUAAAUUAAGAGCUUACUGCAGUAAACAAUACUUCUUUAAACAAAAACGUAGCAUUGCACAUUGCACGCAAAUAAAUAAUCAUCUCCAGCGUUUAAAUUGAUAAAGUGAAAACCUAUCAUUUUGUAAAUAAAAAUUUAGUAUUAUACAUUGUAUGCAGAUAAAUCUUCAAGUAAAACAUUGAGAAGACUUUAUGAUAGUUGCAGGCUUUUUUAUUCACAUAUCUUGGCAGUGUGCAGAGUGACUGCUUUAGUGAUCCUUCAUACGUUUGUGUAAAUGAUUCCACCCCCGUAAGCUGAUUUUUAGCUGGGAUUUGUUGUUGUUCCGGUCUUGUUCGCCUCGUAAUGAGUUGUAUUUCCCGCACUCGACUGGAGGCUUCUGAUUCAGAUGCAGGAAUAAGUUUGUCGUGCUGCUGCCUCUUUCAAAUAAACUUUGCAGCGUGCAGUCCUUUGUCCCACGUCUGUUGCCGCAAAACCAAACUUAUUCGGAACAAACGCCUCUCGCUCGUUAGUUUUAGCAUUAGCCAUUAUUUGCUGAGUGUGUGAAUCGGCAAAAAGUGUAUAUUUUGAUGUUUUUUCAAUCGUCUGCAACAAAAAACUUGAAUUUAUCAAUUAAAUCAAUAUAUGGCCUAGGCCUGGAUUAUUUUUUUCAAUCAGAUUAAUCACAUAAACUUUGCAGCGUGCAGUUCUUUGUCCCACGCCUGUUGCCGCAAAACCAAACUCAUUCGGAACAAACGCCUCUCGCUCGUUAGUUUUUAUUUGUUGGGUGUGUGAAUCGGCAAAAAGUAUAUAUUUUUAUAUUUUUCAAUCGUCCGCGACAAAAAACUUGAAUUUACUGAUAAAAUCAUUAUAUCCCCCAGGCCUGGAUUUUUGUUUUCAGUCAGAUUAAUCACAUAAACUUUGCAGCGUGCAGUUCUUUGUCCCUCACCUGUUGCCGCAAACCCAAACUUAUUCGGAACAAACGCCUCCCGUUCGUUACUUUUAGCAUUAGCCGUUAUUUGCUGGGUGUGUGAAUUGGCAAAAAGUAUAUAUUUUUAUGUUUUUCAAUCGUCUGCGCCAAAAAAAUUGAAUUUAUCGAUAAAAUCGAUAUAUCGUCUGGAUUACUCUUUUCAAUCAGAUUAAUCACAUGAACUUUGUAGCGUGCAGUCCUUUGUCCCACGCCUGUUGCCACAAAACCAAACUUAUUCGGAACAAACGCCUCCCGAUCGUUACUUUUAGCAUUAGGCGUUAUUUGCUGGAUGUGUGAAUCGGCAAAAAGUAUAUAUCUUUAUGUUUUUCAAUCGUCUGCGCCCCAAAAAUGUAAUUUAUCGAUAAAAUCGAUAUAUCGGCUGGAUUACUUUUUUCAAUUAGAUUAAUUACAUAAACUUUGUAGCGUGCGGUCCUUUGUCCCACGCCUGUUGCCACAAACCCGAACUUCUUUGCAACAAACGUCUCUCGCUCGUUACUUUUAGCAUUAGCCAUGUUUUGCUGGGUGUUUGAAUGGGCAAAAAGUACAGAUUUUUAUGUUUUUCAAUCGUCUGCAACAAAAGACUUGAAUUUAUCAAUAAAAUCAAUAUAUCGCCUAGGCCUGGAUUAUUUUUUUCAAUCAGAUUAAUCACAUAAACUUUGCAGCGUGCAGUUCUUUGUCCCACGUCUGUUGCCGCAAAACCAAACUUAUUCGGAACAAACGCCUCUCGCUCGUUAGUUUUUAUUUGUUGGGUGUGUGAAUCGGUAAAAAGUAUAUAUAUUUAUAUUUUUCAAUCGUCUGCGACAAAAAACUUGAAUUUACUGAUAAAAUCAGUAUAUCCCCCAAGCCUGGAUAUUUUUUUUCAAUCAGAUUAAUCACAUAAACUUUGCAGCGUGCAGUUCUUUGUCCCACGCCUGUUUCCGCAAAACCAAACUUCUACGGAACAAACGUCUCGCGCUCGUUAGUUUUAGCAUUAGCCAUUAUUUGCUGAGUGUGUGAAUCGGCAAAAAGUGUAUAUUUUGAUGUUUUUCAAUCGUCUGCAACAAAAAACUUGAAUUUAUCAAUUAAAUCAAUAUAUCGCCUAGGCCUGGAUUAUUUUUUUCAAUCAGAUUAAUCACAUAAACUUUGCAGCGUGCAGUUCUUUGUCCCACGCCUGUUGCCACAAAACCAAACUUAUCCGGAACAAACGCCUCUCGCUCGUUAGUUUUUAUUUGCUGGGUGUUUGAAUUGGCAAAAAGUACAGAUUUUUAGGUUUUUCAAUCAUCUGCAACAAAAGACUUGAAUUUAUCAAUAAAAUCAAUAUAUCGCCUAGGUCUGGAUUAUUUUUUUCAAUCAGAUUAAUCACAUAAACUUUGUAGCGUGCAGUUCUUUGUCCACGCCUGUUGCCGCAAAACCAAACUUAUUCGGAACAAACUUUUCUUGCUCGUUAGUUUUAGCCUUAGCCAUUAUUUGCUGGGCGUGUGAAUCGGCAAAAAGUAUAUAUCUUUAUGUUUUUCAAUCGUCCGCGACAAAAACAUUUAAUUUAUCGAUAAAAUCGAUAUAUCACCUGAAUUUUUUUUUUCAAUCAGAUUAAUCACAUGAAGUUUGUAGCGUGCAGUCUUUUGUCCCACGCCUGUUGCCACAAAACCGAACUUCUUUGCAACAAACGUCUCUCGCUCGUUACUUUUAGCAUUAGCCAUGUUUUGCUGGGUGUUUGAAUUGGCAAAAAGUACAGAUUUUUAGGUUUUUCAAUCGUCUGCAACAAAAGACUUGAAUUUAUCAAUAAAAUCAAUAUAUCGCCUAGGCCUGGAUUAUUUUUUUCAAUCAAAAUAAUCACAUAAACUUUGUAGCGUGCAGUCCUCUGUCCAACGCCUGUUGCCGCAAAACCAAACUUAUUCGGAACAAACUUUUCUUGCUCGUUAGUUUUAGCAUUAGCCAUUAUUUGCUGGGUGUGUGAAUUAUGCCGGAGCAAAUAGAUUCUUAUGUUUUUCAAUCAUCUGCAACAAAAAAAAACCUUGACUUUAUCGCUAAAUUCGAUAUAACGCCCAGGCCCAGAUGAUAUUUUUCUUUCAGAUUAAUCACACCUUUGAAUUCCGAUUAAUUAUGAUUAAUCACAAGCGAAUGCUUGCUUGCUUCAUUUGAAAUUUCCUAUCAAUAUAUCGCCUAGGCCUGGAUUAUUUUUUCAAUCAGAUUAAUCACAUAAACUUUGCAGCGUGCAGUCCUCUGUCCCACGCCUGUUGCCGCAAAACCAAACUUAUUCGGAACAAACGCCUCCUGUUUGUUACUUUUAGCAUUAGCCGUUAUUUGCUGGGCGUGUGAAUCGGCAAAAAGUAUAUAUCUUUAUGUUUUUCAAUCGUCCGCGACAAAAAAAAUUUAAUUUAUCGAUAAAAUCGAUAUAUCACCUGAAUUAGUUUUUUCAAUCCGAUUAAUCACAUGAACUUUGUAGCGUGCAGUCUUUUGUCCCACGCCUGUUGCCGCAAAACCGAACUUCUUUGCAACAAACGUCUCUCGCUCGUUACUUUUAGCAUUAGCCAUGUUUUGCUGGGUGUGUGAAUUGGCAAAAAGUAUAGAUUUUUAUGUUUUUCAAUCGUCUGCAACAAAAGACUACAAUUUAUCAAUAAAAUCAAUAUAUCGCCAAGGCCUGGAUUAUUUUUUUCAAUCAAAAUAAUCACAUAAACUUUGUAGCGUGCAGUUCUCUGUCCAACGCCUGUUGCCGCAAAAUCAAACUUCUUCGGAACAAACGUCUCGCGCUCGUCACUUUUAGCAUUAGCCAUGUUUUGCUGGGUGUGUGAAUUAUGCCGGAGCAAAUAGAUUCUUAUGUUUUUCAAUCAUCUGCAACAAAAAAAAACCUUGACUUUAUCGCUAAAAUCGAUAUAACGCCCAGGCCCAGAUGAUAUUUUUCUUUCAGAUUAAUCACACCUUUGAAUUCCGAUUAAUUAUGAUUUAUCACAAGCGAAUGCUUGCUUGCUUCAUUUGAAAUUUCCUAUCAAUAUAUCGCCUAGGCCUGGAUUAUUUUUUUCAAUCAGAUUAAUCACAUAAACUUUGCAGCGUGCAGUUCUUUGUCCCACGCCUGUUGCCGCAAAACCAAAUUUUUUCGGAACAAACGCCUCCCGUUCGUUACUUUUAGCAUUAGCCGUUAUUUGCUGGAUGUGUGAAUCGGCAAAAAGUAUAUAUUUUUAUGUUUUUCAAUCGUCUGCGCCCAAAAAAUUUAAUUUAUCGAUAAAAUCGAUAUAAUGCCUGGAUUACUUUUUUCAAUCAGAUUAAUCACAUGAACUUUGUAGCGUGCAGUCUUUUGUCCCACGCCUGUUGCCGCAAAACCGAACUUCUUUGGAACAAACGUCUCUCGCUCGUUACUUUUAGCAUUAGCCAUGUUUUGCUGGGUGUGUGAAUUGGCAAAAAGUAUAGAUUUUUAUGUUUUUCAAUCGUCUGCAACAAAAGACUUGAAUUUAUCAAUAAAAUCAAUAUAUCGCCAAGGCCUGGAUUAUUUUUUUCAAUCAAAAUAAUCACAUAAACUUUGUAGCGUGCAGUCCUCUGUCCAACGCCUGUAGCUGCAAAAUCAAACUUCUUCGGAACAAACGUCUCGCGCUCGUCACUUUUAGCAUUAGCCAUUAUUUGAUGGGUGUGUGAAGUAUGCCGGAGCAAAUCGAUUCUUAUGUUUUUCAAUCUGCAACAAAAAAAACCUUGACUUUAUCGCUAAAUUCGAUAUAACGCCCAGGCCCAGAUGAUAUUUUUCUGUCAGAUUAAUCACACCUUUGAAUUCCGAUUAAUUAUGAUUAAUCACAAGCGAAUGCUUGCUUGCUUCAUUUGAAUUUUCCUAUCAAUAUAUCGCCUAGGCCUGGAUUAUUUUUUCAAUCAGAUUAAUCACAUAAACUUUGCAGCGUGCAGUUCUUUGUCCCACGCCUCUUGCCGCAAAACCAAACUACUUCGGAACAAACGUCUCGCUCGUUAGUUUUAGCAUUAGCCGCUAUUUGCUGGGCGUGUGAAUCGGCAAAAAGUAUAUAUCUUUAUGUUUUUCAAUCGUCCGCGACAAAAAAAAUUUAAUUUAUCGAUAAAAUCGAUAUAUCACCUGAAUUAGUUUUUUCAAUCCGAUUAAUCACAUGAACUUUGUAGCGUGCAGUCUUUUGUCCCACGCCUGUUGCCGCAAAACCGAACUUCUUUGCAACAAACGUCUCUCGCUCGUUACUUUUAGCAUUAGCCAUGUUUUGCUGGGUGUUUGAAUUGGCAAAAAGUACAGAUUUUUAGGUUUUUCAAUCGUCUGCAACAAAAGACUUGAAUUUAUCAAUAAAAUCAAUAUAUCGCCUAGGCCUGGAUUAUUUUUUUCAAUCAAAAUAAUCACAUAAACUUUGUAGCGUGCAGUCCUUUGUCCCACACCUGUUGCCGCAAAAUCAAACUUCUUCGGAACAAACGUCUCGCGCUCGUCACUUUUAGCAUUAGCCAUUAUUUGCUGGGUGUGUGAAGUAUGCCGGAGCAAAUCGAUUCUUAUGUUUUUCAAUCAUCUGCAACAAAAAAAACCUUGAAUAUAUCGCUAAAAUCGAUAUAACGCCCAGGCCUAGAUGAUUUUUUUCUUUCAGAUUAAUCACACCUUUGAAUCUCGAUUAAUUAUGAUUAAUCACAAGCGAAUGCUUGCCUGCUUCAUUUGAAUUAUCCUAUCAAUAUAUCGCCUAGGCCUGGAUUAUUUUUUUCAAUCAGAUUAAUCACAUAAAUUUUGCAGCGUGCAGUUCUUUGUCCCACGCCUGUUGCCGCAAAACCAAACUACUUCGGAACAAACGUCUCGCGCUCGUUAGUUUUAGCAUUAGCCGUUAUUUGCUGGGCGUGUGAAUCGGCAAAAAGUAUAUAUCUUUAUGUUUUUCAAUCGUCCGCGACAAAAACAUUUAAUUUAUCGAUAAAAUCGAUAUAUCACCUGAAUUAGUUUUUUCAAUCCGAUUAAUCACAUGAACUUUGUAGCGUGCAGUCUUUUGUCCCACGCCUGUUGCCACAAACCCGAACUUCUUUGCAACAAACGUCUCUCGCUCGUUACUUUUAGCAUUAGCCAUGUUUUGCUGGGUGUUUGAAUGGGCAAAAAGUACAGAUUUUUAUGUUUUUCAAUCGUCUGCAACAAAAGACUUGAAUUUAUCAAUAAAAUCAAUAUAUCGCCUAGGCCUGGAUUAUUUUUUUCAAUCAAAAUAAUCACAUAAACUUUGUAGCGUGCAGUCCUCUGUCCAACGCCUGUUGCCGCAAAACCAAACUUAUUCGGAACAAACGUCUCGCGCUUGUCACUUUUAGCAUUAGCCAUUAUUUGCUGGGUGUGUGAAGUAUGCCGGAGCAAAUCGAUUCUUAUGUUUUUCAAUCAUCUGCAACAAAAAAAACCUUGACUUUAUCGCUAAAUUCGAUAUAACGCCCAGGCCCAGAUGAUAUUUUUCUUUCAGAUUAAUCACACCAUUGAAUUCCGAUUAAUUAUGAUUAAUCACAAGCGAAUGCUUGCUUGCUUCAUUUGAAUUUUCCUAUCAAUAUAUCGUCUAGGCCUGGAUUAUUUUUUUCAAUCAGAUUAAUCACAUAAACUUUGCAGCGUGCAGUUCUUUGUCCCACGCCUGUUGCCGCAAAACCAAAUUUAUUCGGAACAAACGCCUCCCGUUCGUUACCUUUAGCAUUAGCCAUUAUUUGCUGGGUGUGUGAAUUGGCAAAAAGUAUAUAUUUUUAUGUUUUUCAAUCGUCUGCAACAAAAGACUUAAAUUUAUCAAUAAAAUCAAUAUAUCGUCUAGGCCUGGAUUAUUUUUUUCAAUCAAAAUAAUCACAUAAACUUUGUAGCGUGCAGUCCUCUGUCCAACGCCUGCUGCCGCAAAACCGAACUUCUUCGGAACAAACGUCUCGCGCUCGUCACUUUUAGCAUUAGCCAUUAUUUGAUGGGUGUGUGAAGUAUGCCGGAGCAAAUCGAUUCUUAUGUUUUUCAAUCUGCAACAAAAAAAACCUUGAAUUUAUCGCUAAAAUCGAUAUAACGCCCAGGCCUAGAUGAUUUUUUUCUUUCAGAUUAAUCACACCUUUGAAUCUCGAUUAAUCAUGAUUAAUCACAAGCGAAUGCUUGCUUGCUUCAUUUGAAUUUUCCUAUCAAUAUAUCGCCUAGGCCUGGAUUAUUUUUUUCAAUCAGAUUAAUCACAUACAUUUUGCAGUGUGCAUUUUUUUGUCCCACGCCUCUUGCCGCAAAACCAAACUUAUUCGGAACAAACGCCUCCCGUUCGUUACUUUAAGCAUUAGCCGUUAUUUGCUGGAUGUGUGAAUCGGCAAAAAGUAUAUAUCUUUAUGUUUUUCAAUCGUCUGCGCCAAAAAAAUUGAAUUUAUCGAUAAAAUCGAUAUAUCGUCUGGAUUACUCUUUUCAAUCAGAUUAAUCACAUGAACUUUGUAGCGUGCAGUCUUUUGUCCCACGCCUGUUGCCACAAAACCAAACUUUUUGCAACAAACGCCUCUCGCUCGUUACUUUUAGCAUUUGCCAUGUUUUGCUGGGUGUGUGAAUUGGCAAAAAAAUAUAGAUUUUUAUGUUUUUCAAUCGUCUGCAACAAAAGACUUAAAUUUAUCAAUAAAAUCAAUAUAUCGCCUAGGCCUGGAUUAUUUUUUUCAAUCAAAAUAAUCACAUAAACUUUGUAGCGUGCAGUCCUCUGUCCAACGCCUGUUGCCGCAAAACCGAACUUCUUCGGAACAAACGUCUCGCGCUCGUCACUUUUAGCAUUAGCCAUUAUUUGAUGGGUGUGUGAAGUAUGCCGGAGCAAAUCGAUUCUUAUGUUUUUCAAUCAUCUGCAACAAAAAAAACCUUGAAUUUAUCGCUAAAAUCGAUAUAAAGCCCAGGCCUAGAUGAUUUUUUUCUUUCAGAUUAAUCACACCUUUGAAUCUCGAUUAAUUAUGAUUAAUCACAAGCGAAUGCUUGCCUGCUUCAUUUGAAUUAUCCUAUCAAUAUAUCGCCUAGGCCUGGAUUAUUUUUUUCAAUCAGAUUAAUCACAUAAACUUUGCAGCGUGCAGUUCUUUGUCCCAUGCCUCUUGCCGCAAAACCAAACUACUUCGGAACAAACGUCUCGCGCUCGUUAGUUUUAGCAUUAGCCGUUAUUUGCUGGGCGUGUGAAUCGGCAAAAAGUAUAUAUCUUUAUGUUUUUCAAUCGUCCGCGACAAAAAAAAUUGAAUUUAUCGAUAAAAUCGAUAUAUCACCUGAAUUAGUUUUUUCAAUCAGAUUAAUCACAUGAACUUUGUAGCGUGCAGUCUUUUGUCCCACGCCUGUUGCCGCAAAACCGAACUUCUUUGCAACAAACGUCUCUCGCUCGUUACUUUUAGCAUUAGCCAUGUUUUGCUGGGUGUGUGAAUUGGCAAAAAGUAUAGAUUUUUAUGUUUUUCAAUCGUCUGCAACAAAAGACUACAAUUUAUCAAUAAAAUCAAUAUAUCGCCAAGGCCUGGAUUAUUUUUUUCAAUCAAAAUAAUCACAUAAACUUUGUAGCGUGCAGUCCUCUGUCCAACGCCUGUUGCCGCAAAACCAAACUUAUUCGGAACAAACGUUUCUUGCUCGUUAGUUUUAGCAUUAGCCAUGUUUUGCUGGGUGUGUGAAUUAUGCCGGAGCAAAUAGAUUUGUAUGUUUUUCAAUCAUCUGCAACAAAAAAAAUUGAAUUUAUCGCUAAAAUGGAUAUAACGCCCAGGCCUAGAUGCAUUUUUUUCAUUCAUAUUAAUCACGCCUUUGAAUUCAGAUUAAUCAUGAUUAAUCACAAGCAAAUGUUCGCUUGCUUCAUUUGAAUUAUCCUAAAAAAGAACCUCAAUAUUUGGAUACAGAUGCAAUUUUAUUGUCAGAAUGUCAUUCGGGAAAAACUGUUUUAGUCUAUUUUAAUACAUGUCAUUUAUUUACUGAAAACUUGGUAACAGUUUUAUUAAAUGCCCAGUCAGGGUGUAUUUUGAAGUGAAAUCUCUCAUCUUGGCACUGACCUGACAACACAAUACGCCUUUCAGGAGCAUUGACUGUCAAAAUAAAUUGCGUGUUUAUUGGAUUAAUGCGGCCUUUUUUUGUAAUUAAUCACUGAAGUUCACUAGCUCAUUUUUGACAGUCCUUCUUUAAAGUAAGCAAGGUUGUUCCUCAACUUAUCCGGAAUGAUGUCACUCAUUCACAUGGAUGCUGGCUGAUUAAUGUAGCUUUUUUUUUUCCCCUCUCGGUGUUGACCGAAUCCUUUUAGUAAUACUUUUAUGAACAAACUGAGGGCUGUUGCGAGACCUACUGUACUGCAGUAGCACAUGACUGUGUGACAGGAAGUGGUGGUGUUUUUCUGAAUGAACAUGACCGUCAUACAGAGCACUUUAUGAACAUCCUAAGCCUUAAAAUCCCUAUGAUUUGUCAGCCGGAGAACAGACAGGCGGUGUUGUUGACGGGGACCAACAAAGCCUUGUCGUCUUCUGCGGGACGCCUGUCUUGUUUGUACAUAGCAGGGGUGCCCAAACUUUUCGCCAAAGUGAAAAUGUGCCAAACAGCGUUUUGAGUAGGGGUGUCCCGAUACGUCUUAUCCAUUUCCGAUUUCAUUGGCGCUUUGAGUAUUGGCCGAUAUCGAUCCAAUACAAUAUCAGCAGGAAUCAUAUAAUUUCUAUUACUUUUGUAGUGUGAAACGUUGGAAAAGGCUGUAAAAUGGGUCAAACAGAGAAAAAUGGUGUGUAUGAAAGCUAACAUAUUUAUUAUUGCCGUUGGGAAUUGACUUGCUGCCUUUAAAUUGAAGUGGAGUGGUAAUUCCUUUUCUGGCGACACCUCAUUAAGUGCGCAGUAAGUUGAAUGACGCGGACACGUUUGUUACUGGCUACUUGGCCUUGGAGACUUUGUAUGUGUAAGUAAUAAUUCCACCACAAAUAUUUGAUACUUGUUUAUAUCGACAAAUGUGGUGUUCUAGACAGCAAUAUUGUUCAAUUGAGGACACUUAAUACGAAUGUCUAGCUUGUGUGCUAUUGUGUGCUUAGCUGUUGUGUGGCUGCCAGCUUCUGCUAGUCUAUGGCCUACCAUGUUUACAUUUUGUAAGAGACUAAAAUAGAAGAAAAAGACAGCCUUGUGUGCUUACUGGAGGACAUUUAGAUGUUAACUGGCCGUCCCUGCAAUACUGCUUGUAUCGGAGCUCAUAUCGGAAGCUGAUAUCCUCUUGAUUUUUUGCUGAUAUUGGACCGAUAUCAAUUAACUCACCCCUAAUUUUAGGCGUGAAACACAGCCUAAAUGUAAAUAAUGAAGUUCCCACUUUUUAAUGGACCAAACAAAAGGACUCGGGGGGGGCCCACGGUCCCCAUUUUGGGCACCCCUGGUAUUUAGUGUACUGAGCUUGUAUUCCCUUGCUACCAAUACACAACUGUGUUCAAAACCAACCUUAUGUACCAAUCACGAGCCCCUCGAGUGGCGAUAUUUGCUAUGACAAGCAAGGAGGAUGACGUGGACCGAUUACCCAGCAGGCACAAGACAAUGAUACAACCUUGAUUCAUGUUCUUUAAAACUGACUUUGAAACAAUGUUGCGAAAUAGUCGUCGGUUGGUAAAUUGCCACAUUUCAAUGUUAUAAACACAACCUGAUAUUGAAUCAACAUCGCCAAAAAGCCUGUUGUUUCAACGCUGUAUUUGCGUUGUAGAAUAUCGGUCGGGAAAUGACCAAAAUUCAAUGGUCAAAUCAACGUCAGAACCCAGCAUUGAUCAAACGUCGUCAAAAAGCAUGUCGUUUCAACGUUGUGUUCGACUCGCUCCACAUCAGGAGCGAAGUCAACAAGUUCUCAAGGUUGUUGUAACGUCUUGUGCCAGCAGUUGUGAAUGACGGCGUGAGCGGGUCUCACACCACACUUUGUGAGACGUCAUCUUUUCUUAUCAUUUGCAACAAUUUCAGCAUUCUGACUCAUUUUUGUUGAUUUGUUUUAAUUUUUUAAUGAAAGUGCAACAUAAACCUCUAAAAAUGUGAGCAUUAAAUGAAAUAGUAGCAUAUUUAGGGACAUAUACUGUAUAUUCCUUGUUUCUCAUACAAAACCUGUCUCCAUUUGAGUUGGGAAAUUGUGUUAGAGGUAAAUAUAAACAGAAUACAAUGAUUUGCAAAUCCUUUUCAACCCAUAUUCAAGUUUAUGCACUACAAAGACAAGAUAUUUGAUGUUCAAACUCAUAAACUAUGGGUUUUUUUGCAAAUAAUAAUUAACUUAGAAUUUCAUGGCUGCAACACGUGCCAAAGUAGUUGGGAAAGGGCAUGUUUACUACUGUGUCACAUCACCUUUUCUUUUAACAACACUCAAUAAACGUUUGGGAACUGAGGAAACUAAUUGUUGAAGCUUUGAAAGUAGAAUUCUUGCCCAUUUUUGUUUUAUGUAGAACUUCAGUCGUUCAACAGUCCGGGGUCUCCGCUGUCGUAUUUUACGCUUCAUAAUGCGCCACACAUUUUCGAUGGGAGACAGGUCUGGACUGCAGGCGGACCAGGAAAGUACCCGCACUCUUUUUUUACCUAGCCACGUUGUUGUAACACGUGCUGAAUGUUACUUGGCAUUGUCUUGCUAAAAUAAGCAGGGGCGUCCAUGAAAAAUACGGCGCUUAGAUGGCAGCAUAUGUUGUUCCAAAACCUGUAUGUACCUUUCAGCAUUAAUGGGGCCUUCACAGAUGUGUAAGUUACCAAUGCCUUGGGCACUAAUGCACCCCCAUACCCUCACAGAUGCUGGCUUUUGAACUUUGCGUCGAUAACAGUCUGGAUGGUUCGCUUCCCUUUUGGUCCGGAUGACACAAAGUCGAAUAUUUCCAAAAACAAUUUGAAAUGUGGACUCGUCAGACCACAGAACACUUUUCCACUUUGCAUCAGUCCAUCUUCGAUGAUCUCGGGCCCAGAGAAGCUGGCGGCGUUUCUGGAUGUUGUUGAUAAAUGGCUUUCGCUUUGCAUAGUAGAGCUUUAACUUGCACUUACAGAUGUAGCGACGAACUGUAUUUAGUGACAGUGGUUUUCUGAUGUGAUCCUGAGCUCAUGUGGUGAUAUCCUUUAGAGAUUGAUGUCGGUUUUUGAUACAGUGCCGUCUGAGGGAUUGAAGAUCACGGUCAUUCAAUGUUGGUUUCCGGCCAUGUCGCUUACGUGGAGUGGUUUUUACAGAUUCCCUGAACCUUUUGAUGAUAUCAUGGACCGUAGAUGUUGAAAUCCCUAAAUCUCUUGCGAUUGCACCUUGAGAAACGUUGUUCUUAAACUGUUUGACUGUUUGCUCACGCAGUUGUGGACAAAGGGGUGUACCUCGCCCCAUCCUUUCUUGUGAAAGACUGAGCAUUUUUUGGGAGGCUGUUUUUAUACCCAAUCAUGGCACCCACCUGUUCCCAAUUAGCCUGCACACCUGUGGGAUGUUCCAAAUAAGUGUUUGGUGAGCAUUCCUCAACUUUAUCAGUAUUUAUUGCCACCUUUCCCAACUUCUUUGUCACGUGUUGCCGGCAUCAAAUUCUAAAGUUAAUGAUUAUUUGCGAAAAAGAAAAAAUGUUAAUCAGUUUGAACAUCAAAUAUGUUGCCUUUGUAGCAUAUUCACCUGAAUAUGGGUUGAAAAUGAUUUGCAAAUCAUUGUAUUCUGUUUAUAUUUACAUCUCACACAAUUUCCCAACUCACAUGGAAACGGGGUUUGUAAAUAAUGUUUGGACUCCUUUGAAUGUAUUCGCUCUCCUCCUGUCUGUUGACAUAUUUUCUACUCUGAAGUGUAGCACCCUGUGGAAAUGAUAUGCGUUCUUCUAAUGUACACAACUAUACAGUUUUCUGCACUGCGGGUUAAAAAUGUAUUUUUCUUAGAGAGUUGAAAAGAAACGCUGUCGCUUUAAAGCUGUGUAUUCAUAAACUUGAACACUUUGGAGCAGUCUACCGUGGCUCCUUCUUAUCAGUGGAGAUUACUACUCUAUGUUACAAGCGUUAUAUUCAGCAGUGUGACUUGUUAGUAUUUGAGUCUCUUUAAAAGAAUAUAUUUAAGUACCUCCCUUUAUUAGCAGGUCUAUGAAAUCAGGCUCGAUGGGCCUGCCCUAUACUGUAUGUACAUGUACGUAUGAGAUUGUGCUUUCAUUCUACUAAAAUAAAGUUUCAUGUUGCAA